GGCUUCUCUAACUCGGUUAAGGGUAAUGUAUCAACAAAUCGCAAUGACCGAGGGUCGAGUUUCGUUGUCAGUAAUCAACUGCUUGCAUACUAUUUACCAUCAACUAGUUUAUUGAAAAACAUACUUGUGAAAUUCAUACUACAACAGAUUAAUAAUAUUAAAUUUUAUUUUAACUAAAAAAAAUUCAAUUCUAUAAUGGAGUCGGAAUGUAAAAGUAAAGAAAUGUCAACAAAUAAUUGUUUACUAAAUCAAGGGAGAUGUGGAAAUGUAGCUACUACACAAGUUAAACGCAAAACUAGGUCGACUCGAAGGCGUCUGAAUGCUUUAAUGAACAAUACUUCGUUACAUUUCUCCGAUACUGAUUCUGAAGGAGAAUUAACAAUUAUAAAUCCAAUAGGAAAAAAUAAUACUUUCACUAAAGUCAAUUCUGAUUCUCAAAACAUACCGAAUCCCGUUGUUUCAGUAACUGUAGAUGGAGUUGAAUAUCAAGAACCCGAGUAUGUGCAUCAGGAACAUUUAUAUUUAACAAAAGAACGUCGUAGCAGUUUCGUAGAUAACUUAACUGACGUUGAUGAAAUUUAUACAAGUGAUGUUGAAACACAAGAUGCCGUAAAAGUAAAUCCUAUUAAAAAUAGUUUAAAUGUGAUGUUUAAUGGUCAUCAGGGAGAAACUGACGUUGAAGAUUUAGCGUACGAGGAUGGUGAAGAACCAGGUCCAAUAUGUGUUGAAGCUCGAUCAGAUAUUUUUACUGAUUUUAAUGGAGAAACUAUUACUACAAAGGAGGGAGAUGGGCCAUUUUCGGUUGAAGUGAGAAAUCAAAUUUGUACAGCAAGAGAACAAGAAGUCAUUUCUAAAAUGCCGGAUAUUAUUGUCAUGCCGACGACUGAUAGUGAAGAUAUGGAUGCCUCUGACGAAGAUGAGGAAGAAGGAGCUUGUGGACUUCAAGAGGAAAUAGUUUUGGAUGGACUUGCAACUUCACAAAUCGUUAUGAAAAAUCUUAAUAAAAUGGAUAAUCUACUUAAUGUUGCCAAAGAUGUUUCAGACGAUGGAAUUAGCGAUAGUCACACUGAUGUGGAAGAUCUGGAGUAAAAUAACUUUGAAAUUAGAUAAAAGAAACAGAAAACAAAGUAUAUAUGCGCAACUGAUGACCUCGGUUAUGAUAUUAAGAAAAUGAAAGAAUUUGAUAACUGAAAUUAAUUUCGUGUUAAUGUAAACUGCAGGAAAAAAUUAUUUUGAAACAAUUUUACAAUACUCUUUUUCAUCUUUUAAUUUUACGGAUUUAGUAUUAUUCAGUCUAAAGUUUAAACAUUUACAAAUAAUGUUCUUUAAUUUUGAAUUAUUCUUAUUUACUAUGAAAUUUAUUCGGAAAGAUUCCGGUUUAGUAUCAAACCAAUGGAACAGAAUUGAAAAAUAUAUUUUUUAGUAAAGUGUACAUAAAAUAUAGUUCACUUAAGUCAAGAAUCUGUUCAACAUUUAUUUUGAAAUCUAAAAGAUGUUUGAUGCUGUACGGAACUCAGUUAGGUAAAUUGGCUCCACAAAAUUGUAGAUUUAGAAAACUUAUUACAAACUAAUAUUUUAUAAAGAUCUUCAGAAAUAAAGUACAGUUUAUUUACAGAAUUUAUUUAUAAAAAACAUAAUAAAUUAUUAUUAAAGUAUCGAUGUUGAAACAUGUCGAUUUCUAUCAAUGGAAGCAUAAUUGUUUGCCAAAAAAUAUAAUGUUUUUUUUUCUUUUUGCUCAGUAGUUACUCAUCUUACAGAUAUUAUGAAAACAAUGAUUUUUUAUUAAUGAUUUACAUACUGUUUAACAAAAAUUUUUUAUUACAAUUUUAAUAAAUUUGUUUUUUCUUCAAAGAAAGAAAAAUGUUCUGCCAGAAGGCAAACACUAAAAUGCUUACAACACGUUCUUUCAGAUAUCUAUGUAAGCCGAUGAAUUUUCAUAAACCGAUAUGUUGCAAAUUUCCCUAACAAGUUUGUUAGGAAAGCGUAAUAAUUAAAGAUUGCGUUAAAAAAACUAAUACCAUUAAUAAUAAUUUUUUAUUUUUUGAGAUUGAAAAUUAAUAAUAUUAACUUUAAAGGAAUAAUUUUUACACUUAUUUAAUAUUUUUUUUAAAGAACUGUUGUAGAUUGUAUUAUAUCUUAAUACAAUAUUGAAUUUAUUAUAUUUAAAAACUGUUUUCGUUUUUAGAUUUUAAACUUUUGUGAUAAGAAAAAGAACAUUUUUUACUUCUUCUACAAUUUUUGUUUUUUGUAGAUAUGAGUAAUAAAAGUUAUGUGCUGAUAAUUUAAAAAUAUUGAUAACAAUGAUGAUAAAACAGAAAAUAUUUUUACAUUUUUGUGGGAGAAAAGUGAUAAACCUUUAACAAAUGUGAUAUGUAGGAAAUGAAAGAAGGCCAUUUUUAGAAAGAAUAGGUAUUUUUUUAUUUCAUCUGUAACAGAAAUUUUUAAUUUAAAGAAACCAAAGAUUAGAUUGAAUAUUCUGUACAGAACUUAUAUUUUUGAGAAGAAAAUGGUAACACUGGAAUUUUAAAUAUUUUAUAUGAAGAUGAAUAUGUACCUAACAGGCGUAUGUUAGUUAGGUGUAAAUUGAAUCGGUUUGAUAGUCAGAUCAAAAAUUGAUAGUGUAAACUGAAAAAAAAUUUUGUCAACUCUUACCACAUAAAAAUCUUAAAUUUAGUUAAAAAAAUUGUCAAAUUUUUCUAAAUGUUUUAAGAAUUUUGUAUCCUUGAUUUUUAAAGUAUUUACAAUAGUCAACCCAGACAAAUAUUCGCAAAAUGUCUUAUAAUUCUUUAAAAAAUCUUGUUACUCAAGGAUACUUGAGGUUGAUGAAUUGAUAUUAUUUAUCAACAUACACCACUAUUACAACAUGUUUUAAAAAUUUAACAGUUUUUUAUUCACUUAUUAUUAACAAAAUCUUUUUAUGGAAUGAGAGCUGAAAAAAUUGUUUUUUACGUACCUUAACAGAUGAUAUUUAAAGAAUAGUAUAUUGUGCAUCUAGGGAGGAAAAUGGUUGAUUUCCACGAGUGUGAAGUUUGCAGUUCGAGGUGUAGCGAGCGCACGAGCGAAGACGAGAACUGUAAACACACGAGCUGGGAAUCAUUUUCCUCCCGAGUUGCACAUACUAUUUUUUCUAACACACGUAUACCGAAAGUACAAAUAUUUAAUAAAGCAUUGAACACAAUUAUUAAUUUUUGAAUGAAACUUUAAUAAUAUUUUGUCGAAAGUUCAGAAUAUAACUUUUCGUAAAUUGAUAACCUGUCAGUAUUAACAAUUUAUAUUAUAAAACAAAAUCAAAUUCUUCAUUUCAAUCCAUCAGUAACAAUACCGGGAGGAAAAGACAUACUUUUCUCCCGCUACACAGGUAAGAAAUGAUGUACUUUCGGUGCGUGUGUUAAAAAAAAUUUAUUUAACUCAAUAAACCUGGUUUUUAAGGUAACUAUUAUAUGUCACUGAUGAAAUAUAGAUAUUAUGCAUUUUAAUAAAGCAAAGUAUAAUUUAAACUUAUCGUAGACUUCUUUGUAUAAAAAGAAAUGUCGUUUGUAUUAAAGAUAUUUAGUUUGAAUGUAUACGUACGUUACGUUUUCAUCUCUAACGUACUGCAUUCUGCGUUCGUUUUCUCUAACAUUCAUUCAAAAUAUAAAUAUAUAAUAAUAACAAAAAAAUUGUAAGCAUGCUGUAAACACUGUUGAAAAAAUUAAAAUAUUAUAAGUAUUA